AUGUCGGGUUUAAUUCAACAGAGCUUUAAAAUCAACCUAAAAGUGAUGCAAUUUUGUCAUUUAUAUCCACCCGAAAAGCAACAACUCUUCUUCAAAUUGCGAGCUCACGUAAUGCAUGUUGUUUUUGUGAUGGCGGUUCCAACUCUCGGAACUGUUUACUUAUUGACCGAAAAAAAUCUGAACAUGGAAAGAGUCAACUACAACGCCGGUUUUUUAGCUCAAACUGCGUGCUUUAUUACGAAGCUUUUGCCGUUUAUUACAAAUGGUCAACGAAUCAAGAGACUGAUUGACUAUUUUGAUCAUAAUUCUGUGAGUGUGAUCAACGAAGAACAACGAGAUAUUGUCAAUAAGUGUGUUGAGGUGUGUCGUAGAAACACCUUCAUUUUUCUGGUUUGUGUGACAGGGGGUGUUGGUAGCUGGGCUGCUAAACCCUUGUUUUGGAAUGGUCGGAAUUUACCGGUGGAUGUGUGGUUACCAUUUGACUGGAGAACAAACAAUUUAGUGUACGGGGUUGUUUAUUUUUUUGUAACUAUAGGAGUUCUUUUUUCUUCGUUUGCCACUGGGGUGAUAGAUCCUUUGAUUGCUGGUCUUGCAUAUCAUGCCACUAGUCAAAUCAAGAUUUUAAAAGACAAUCUAGAACAUCUGAGUGACUAUGCUGAUAAUAUAAUGUUUGCACAAAAUUUAAGAAAAUUAUCCCCAAAAAUACUGAAACAUAAAUUAAUUUUCAACAGUAUUAAGCAGUGUGUUGAACAUCACAAUACUAUUUUAAGUUUUGUUAAAGAGUAUGAAGAUUGCUUCUCGUCUGUUAUUUUCAGCCAGUUUGCAGCCAGUGUGUUUGUAAUUUGUUUUUCAUGUUUACAACUCAGCAAGGUUGACACAUUUGGGUUCACUUUUCUGCAGUUAAUUAUGUAUUUCAGUGUCAUUCUUGCCCAAAUUUAUUUUUAUUGUUAUUAUGGGUCUACACUUUUUGAGGAGAGCAACACCAUUACAAACGCCGUUUACAUGGGACAAUGGUAUGACUACGAAAUAAAAUCGAAACUUUCUCUGAUAAUUUUGAUGGAACGGUCAAAAAGACCACUCACUGUUACGGUUGGAAAAUUACUUGAUUUAUCUUUGGUUACUUUCGCUACGAUUCUCAGAAGAUCUUAUUCGUUGCUUGCAGUAUUAAAAAACUAUCAGUGA